UGACACCUAGCAGCGGUGCGUGGAAAAAUGAAAAAAUCAGCCUGAAUGUUCAUGUAGGUGUUGUGUACUCGAUGCCUGUAUCCAGCGUGUGGCUUAUUGUAAUUUGUCAGCUGAUUACUCUGGCUAUAGGUUAUGAUAGACACAAAGAUCACAUAGCCUCUGUACAGGAGGCCGAGGAAGCGGCAUCGAGACGGUGUCAUUAUGAUCUGCACCAGUUAUGGAGCCAUGAAGUGGGUCAUAGUCCCUUUGCAGCUACGCCUCUCAUCACAGAUGUUGAUGCAGAUGGACGUGUGGAUAUUGUUGCUGCUUCCUUCACAGAGGCACUGACUGUCGUUGAUGGAGAGACAGGGAAACAGCUGAGAGAUGGAUAUUGGCCGGUUCAGUUCACAGACAGAUGUUUCCAUUCCAGUCCUUUACAGUUUGACAUUGAUGGUGAUGGAAUGCUGGACAUACUGCUCACCACCUCAGCUGGAGAGUUGUUGUUUUAUGCCAAAAAUGGACAAUUGUUACAAGAUUACACCUUUACUAUUCCUGCUGUACAUGUGCGUCGUGAUUGGUUCACUCAGGUAGUGACCAUAUCUCACACGUCUGUUCAUGACUUUAUCCUGGAUGAUCCAUCCCAAACACAGGACCCCGUGUACAUCAGUGUUGACCCUCACGUGUUGGCCACGCCUGCCCUGGCAGAUGUCAACCAUGAUGGGAUUGUGGAAGAGCUGGUCGUACCUGUGUCCUACUACUAUGAUAGCCACGAUUACAGGCUAUUGGAGAAAUUACACACCUUAUUCAAUGUCAGUGAGGAAGAUGUGGACAAAUAUCUGGUCAGUGCUGUGGUCAAUGUUAAUCUGACCAGUUUGCAGGUGUUACAUACUGUUCAUCUGGACCUAACUCAGGCAUCGGCAGUUUUCCCUGGUUACCUGCUGGCCACACCCACAGUGAUUGACCUGGACAGUGAAGGAGGGCCAUUAGAGAUUGUGGUUGGGACAGGGGCAGGUAACCUCCACGUGGUGGAGUCCUCAGGGGCUCACAGGAAGGGCUUUCCAGUCUCCACAAACAGUCUUACGUCUCAGGUGGUUGUUGCAGAGCUGCUGGGAGAUGGCAGGUUACAGCUUGUUACCGUUGAUCCCAGCGGUAAUGUGGCUUGUCACAACAGAGAAGGGCAGCUGGUCUGGGAGGCGGAGGUGUCCGGUCCAGUCAUCUCCGGGAUGAGGCUGUCUGACAUAAAUGGGGAUGGGAAAGUAGACAUUGUCAUUACAACACAGGAAGGAUCUAUCCAUGUGCUUUCUGGUGAUUCAGGGAGCGAACUCUCUGGUUGGCCUGUAACCCUGGGGUUUCCUGUCACAGCCAAUGUCCUCAUCAGCAGACUGUCCAAACUCACUCCUCACUCUGUAGAUAUGAUUAUCCUCACAGAUGAUGGCAGCAUACACCUGGUGUCCAGUGAUCAUCACUGCAGAAAACAUAUUCCAAUUGGUGAAACCUCAUUGGUCCAGGUCUUGUCACAUGACCUGAUCAGCCAAUCAGAAGGCCUUGAGUUACUGAUCGCCACCAAGGAUGGGACAUUGUUGUGCUUUGGUGUUGGUUAUGGGCAUGUGCAAAGUCUGAGUGACAAUGGUGGGAGUGUGGAGGAUAAAGUGCACUCUGUCCCUGCUGACCUCAAAACUUACAAUGACUUUUAUUAUGGACAAAACAAGACAGGAAUUGUAAUCACAAAUCAUUUACCAGGAAUCACAGAUGUAUCCAGUACCAGCUUCUAUCUGAGCUACAAGAUCACUGGAAUUCCUAAAAGCACAGGAGAGUUCCACAUCAAGGUUUACUUUGGACGCCAUCUGUUGGCUCAGGCAUCUCACUCACAUCCUGGAGAGUAUUUCAUCACUGUGCAGUCCUGGUUGACUCCUAGUCAUGGUCAUGUGACUGUGGUUUUGACGAAUCAUCAUGGCCAAGUCUACCAGGAUUCCAUGUCAGUCAGGUUUCACAGAGUCUCUCUACAGGAUCUCCAGUGGUUGUUGUGUGGACCAUUCUUGGCAAUCUUAAUUUUGCUGCUGAUAUUACAUGGAUUUCCAGCUAAAGACUUAUUACCUAUGACUAUGCCUUUUAAACAAAGAUGACAAAAUAUGAUUUUGCUAGAAUCGUCGGUUUUGUUUCUGUACUUUUUAAUAAACUCUUUUGUAUGUAAUU